UAUGAAAUGUAAGCAGUCAUUUCAAAAUUCAAUUUCUUUAAGUACGUGUCCAACAAAGUAUAUAAAUACUCGAGUUUGCAAAACAAAAACAUAAACAAACAUGAUGGGGGUUAAACUAUGCUUCCUACUGUUCGUACUAGUCGUGGACUGUUAUUGUCAGGAGCCAACUGUUGAGACUAAGAUUGGAACAAUUCAGGGGAUACAAAGCAACAAGACGUUUAGGAACAAUGUAUACACCACCAACGCUUAUUUAGGGAUUCCAUACUCAAAGCCUCCAGUUGGGGACAUGAGGUUUAAGCGUCCACUUCCAUAUGGAAAUUUAACAUCACCAUUCAACGCAACCAACUACGGUUCACCUUGUCCACAGAUGCAAUAUCCUGUAUUUGGAAUGCAUUCUACCAACGAGGACUGCCUGUUUCUAAACGUGUUCGUUCCUACUGCUACUUCGGAUCGUGAAGAACGCCAUGCAGUUAUGAUUUGGGUCCAUGGAGGCGGGCUGAUAUCUGGGAGCGGUCAACUCACUCCCGGUGAAAUUCUAGCGGCGUAUGGAAACGUUAUAGUUGUGACAAUCAACUAUAGGCUGGGCGUUUUUGGUUUUCUGAAUAUCGGAGACGAACGCGCCCAAGGGAAUAUGGGACUAUGGGAUCAACGUGAGGCUAUGCUCUGGGUAAUUGAAAAUAUUGCGAGUUUCGGAGGUGAUGUUGACAGAAUAACAAUAUUCGGAGAAUCAGCAGGAGCAGUCAGUGUAAAUGUUCAUAGCUUGUAUCCGCCAAACAAAGGUUUAUUUCACCAGGUGAUUUCUCAGAGUGGGUCUGCUCGAUCGAACUUCGGGUCGUCUUCUCCUCAAACAGCAUUAGCGAGGUAUUUAGGAUGUGAUAUAAGCACUUCGGAUGCGAUUUUCGAAUGUUUGAAAAAGGUUUCGCCUGAAGAUUAUGUUAAUCUGCAACAGCAAUUCGCAAUGGAUAGUAUCAAAUUUGGUGAAAUCACUUUCAUUGAAACAAUUGACGGGGAUCUUAUCAAACGUUUUCCACUUGACACCAUUAGAGAUGCCUUUCGUAAUCGUAGCCCCGAGGUAGAGUUCAUGCAAUCCCUGGCAUAUAUCAACGGCUUAAACGGCAACGAAGGUCUUUCCAAUCUGAUCAUGAUGGCAAACGGUCCACUUAACGAUGUAAGAAUAAAUAAAACCACGAUGGAUAAUUCCCUCAUACCAAUGAUGCUUCCAUUUGUGUUUCCUGGCCAUGAGGUACCACACCACGUCCUUAAAAACAUUGCACUUGAGUAUACCAACUGGACAAACCCUGAUGAUGCGACUGAAAUGUUUGUAAAAUACGCUGGAGAUGUCGCAUACAAUGUAGAAAGCGCCGAGUUGCGAAACCUUCACGCAAAAGGAGAUGCAUCGAGAACUUGGGUUUACAGUUUCGAUGCAGUCAUAGACCAACACAUGUUGCCAACACCUGACUGGGCAACCAAAGCCAACCAUGCUGAUGACCUGGCACCUAUUUUCGGGUACCAGAUGGACUACAAGGAAGCUUUUAACAUUAGCAACUAUCAACCUCCUGCAUGGGAACUCGACCUCUCUGAACGCAUGAUGACCUUCUGGACAAACUUUGCAAAAUACGGAAAUCCAUCUGGGAACGACACAGUCAGGUGGCCGGAGUUUGAGUUGGAUUCUAUGAAGCAUCUCGUAUUGGAUAAAACCGAUUCUAUAGAGGCACGACAAUACGCCAGGGAGGUAUCAUUUUGGCGGGAAGUCGUGCCAGGUCUUUUGGAGGCGAAUGCGGAUUGUGGCAAAGAACCAAAACAUGGAACAGCGUCUAGUGCUAUCAACGUGUUUACCUAUUCUCGCUAUUGCAGUAUCCUAUUUUUUACGUUCCUUCUAUUUAGUAUAAUUUAGGAUUAGUGUAUCUAAUAGGAUUAUUUCCUUCUGCUGAUGACAACAUAUUACUUUUCUGUAAAGGACCACAUGUUUUCUCUUGAUGAUUAUUUAAGGUUCUAAUUAAUAACAAAUGUUGUUUCACAUUUUUGUCCUUAUAAAUUCUGUUUUAAGAAUGUUUAAUACUUUCUAAUUUGUUUUUGUUGGAUGUAUUUUUAUGUCAUGGUCAGAAGUAGUGUAUUUAGUUUAUGCGAUUUCUGCUAGCUCAACAAUUAACAUAUAAUUACCAUGUGAGUUAAUCUUUGCAACACUAAUUCGCUUUGUGUUUUCCUUUAUUUAGGUCUUUUAUUUUAUUUCCUGCACAUAUUUAAUCCUAAACAUCCAUUAAAUUCUGUUAAACUCUGUGAGUUGGUGAUUUGCGUUGGUUUAUGUUAUCCACAACUUUAUUUAAUAUAAAUAAAUGUCGCAAACAUUG